AUGCAAAACAUCAAUAUAACCAACUCAACAUUUACAAUGAAUUCGUUUAUUGCAGCAUCGGCCUGGAAUGAUAAUUUAAAUAUUUAUAUCAGUGGUCUGUUACAUGGUGUAGCUGUACAAACAACGACUUUGAUACUUCAAGUAUUUACAAAAACAGUUGUUACCCUGAACUGGUCUGGUAUUGAUACAAUGACAUUAACAACAAGUGGUGGAACACGCAAUGCAAAUAUAUCCGCCGCUGGAAAUGGAGAAUUUAUUGCAAUCGACAAUAUGUUAGUAACACAUUAA